AUGGCUUCAGUAACCAAAGAUCAAAUCUCCAUAGAUAUCAAACCGCCAUUGUCAUCAGCGGCAUUAGCCCCCCUUCCUCCGCCGCCCCCGCCGCCACCACCUCCACCGCCACCGCCGCAGCUGGAGGAGCACAAGAAUAUGGAGCAGCAGCAGCCCGGAUUUUGGGUAGAUUUAACAGCGGAAGAGUUGCCUAAAGAACAGAGUGAAAGAGUGCCCUUUCCACUCUUCAGACACAUCAGGCAAGGGAGAGAGAACACUUGGGUGAUUUCUCUUAUUGUGAUUCUCCACUUCAUUGUCUUUGUGGCCACCAUUUCUGUCAAUAACUGUAGGCACGUGUCUCACCAUCGAUGCGCUUUCCAGUUUCUUGGAAGAUUCUCCUUUCAGCCCCUCUCUGAGAACCCUUUUCUUGGCCCUUCCGCCUCUACACUGAAUAAAAUGGGGGCUCUUCAAGAGACUCUUCUAACAGAACGUCAUCAAUUAUGGCGUCUUUUUACAAGCCCAUGGCUGCAUGCAGGAGUUUUCCAUCUUAUUGUGAACCUCUUUAGUGUCAUCUAUGUUGGAGUUCAUUUAGUGCAAGAAUUUGGACCAGUGAGGGUUGGAAGUAUCUAUCUGAUCUCAGCUGUAACUGGUAGUUUGCUUGGUGCUCUUUUUAUCCAACAUAGACCUUCAGUUACUUCCUCUGGAGCACUAUUUGGGCUCCUUGGAAUGAUGUUAUCUGGGCUUAUGAGAAACUGGAAAGUUUAUACCAAAAAGCUUGCAGCUCUUCUGGCACUCUCUGUUAUCAUCUCUAUUAAUCUACUCCUUGGGCUUAUUCCAUACGUUGACAACUUUGCUAAUUUUGGAGGAUUCUUAUCUGGGUUUCUUGUUGGCUUUGUGCUUCUUUUCAAACCUCUAGUUGGGAAAGCAGCUCAUAACAAAGCUGGUUUAUUUGAAUUUGAUGUUAAACAAGCUGUUAGAGUGAGGAACAAAUUGGACAAGCCUCUUCUGAGAAUCAUUGCUCUAGUUUUCUUUAGCAUUUUAGUUGCAGGACUUACCAUUGGAGUUCUUCACGGCAUGGAUGCAAACCAAUACUGUAGGCCGUGCCAAUAUUUAGAUUGUGUUCCUUCCAAAUGGUGGAGCUGCAGCAACAGACCAAUGCAUUGUGAGAUGCAGAGCAUAGUAAGCACAGAGCAACUCACAAUCACCUGUUCAAGAAAUGGCAAUUUCAGAAUUUUCCCAUCCAUCGAAUUCUCAGAAGAAAGGCUGCAGGAUCUUUGCUAUCUUAUAUGCUCUUAGAUAAUUGUCCAAGUUGCUUAGAAACAAAAAUCAAGACUAAAAGAAUGAAACCUUACAAAACUGAUAGAGGCCAAAAGAUUGUAGCAUUCUAUUGUGCGUAACCCAGAUGUUGCGGGCCCUGCGGCUGUAAAGUACUGUAUGUACAGUCCUAUCCAUAAGGAUGAACAUCUGCUAAUUCAGUGACCUGUACAUGAA